ACUUAUUUUUGCGUCGAAUUUGGAUUUCGGUGACCGACGGAAGCGAUGGCAGACCUCUUGAAGACGAUCUGGGGCUCGGGGCAGUCGCGCGCCUUCAAGGUGGGCUCGUGGGCGGCGGCGGCGGGCCUCGCCGUGGGCUGGUACCUCUACGACAAGAACAAGGAAGCGUCCUUCUCGACGACCGACGCCGACGCAUGGAACAAGGAGAUCCUCGCCAAGAAGCAGGCCAAGGACGCUGCCAAGUAAGACGCGCCCUUGUCAAUAGAGAAAAAA